ACUGAUAGUGUUUCGUAAACACGUGCUUCGGUUUUCAAUACUCGUAUGCGACGUGCGUUUAAACGAUUUUGCAUAAUUAAUAAAAAAGUAAUAUUGUAAUUUGUAAUAAAAUUACUGUGUAACGAUUACCGAUCUUAAAAGUGCUCACCAGUCACAAACACACAAUUUUAAAUUCUAAGUCGGUCUUUUCUCCGGUUAAAUAUAAAAACAAUUUUAAAAUCACUAAUAAUAAAUAUAAUUCACGUUUCAAAGUUUUUAUUAAGGAACUGCGUAAUUUGAAAAAACAACUACAUGCAUUGCUCGGAGAUUUUUUGUUCAAGUUGCUGAUAUCAUUGAAUUACAUUCUUCCGACAUGUAUCGUCCAAAUUGUCAAUCAACUUACUCACCAAAUGGGCCCAAUCAACAAUCACAGUCAUAUCAUACUCCUAGACCCUUCCAACAGCAACAAUUUGGUCCACGAUUUCAAUCACCUCCACAACAGUUUACACCACCAGGAUCUUUUUAUCAACCUUCCCGACAACAUCAUGACCAUUCAAUACCUGCAUACCAAGUUCCUAAUACUGCAUUACCUCCACCUUUUUAUCAACCUGCUAACCCUAAUUUUGAUCAAACAACAAAACCACUAUAUCAACCUCCUGUCCAAAAUCAAUUACCUGUUCAACAUACUGAAAUACCUAUAAAUCAUUCUAAAUAUCCACCUCCAUCUGCUGGUCCUUGUUUUAAUCAACUGUCUGUACCUCCAUAUAGAACACCUGGACAAACAUAUAUACCUCCUAUUCAAAACUACAACCAACCUCCUCCUAUUCAAAAUUAUAAUAACUGUCCGCCGAUUCAAAACUACAAUCAACCUCCUCCAAUCCAAAAUUUUAAUCAUCCAAAUACACCACCACCAUUUCAGUCUAUGAAUUUAAAUUGCAAUCAACCAGUCGGAUCUUCAUACCAGUCUCCAAACCAUGGUAUGAGUGCAACACCAAAUAAUUCAUAUCAACCUCAAGUACAAAAUCCUGAAUCGUUGAAACAACCAUACAAAUUACCAGUAGAUCAAUGUUAUCAACAACAGCAGUCUUCAUUUAAUUUACCUAGACAUGAAUUCAAUCAAAGGCCUCCUUUUAGGCCACCAGGACAACAAAGAUUUCCCUUUAACAAACAAAAUCCAAGAUAUCAGCAAUCACAACAUGGUAAUAGAUUUCAAUUUCAACCUAGACAGCAAUUUCAAAAUUAUCGCCCCAGAGGAGGACCUCCUCCUAGUUUUAAUAACCAGAGUAAAGAAAAUUUUGUACCUAAAAAAGAGAAAAAUCUAGUAGCAUGCGAAUUAGGUGAUUGUGAUUUUAUGGGACAUGCUAGUGCUGUUAAAGAACAUCAAAACAUGCAUCAUCGAUUAGGAUUGCACAAGAAAGUAUUGUACAGUAACAACUCAGAUGCUGUUAAAAAUUGGAUUGAGGAAAGAAAAAAAAAAUGGCCAACUAAAGAAAACAUCCAAACAAAAGUAGAUGUAGAAGAUGAAAAAAAUAAGAGAGGGGAACGUAUAGCAGAUGAAGAUUUUCAGAGGUUUAAUAAAAAUAAUAAAGCUAAUAAUUCUGGAAAUAAACGGUUUAAUAAUAGAAAACGACCCAGGUUUAAUGGUGAAUUUAAAGAACCUGUCGAAGAACCAAUGAAUGGAAACUUAAAACGUUUUGCUGGAAUAGUUGGUAUCAUAAAGGAUGAACCGUUAGAAGAUAUAAAUAAACCAGUUGCUUUAAAACUAUUAGAGGAAUAUGAUGAAUCUAGUGAUAAUCAAAGUGACGGUGAAUCACCUGAGGAAAUUCCUAUAGUUAAAACAUCAGUUUCUCUAGAGAAUAAAAAUGUAUUAGAACAAAAUGAGAAACUAUGUUCUACAUCAGUAGUAGAAACUUCAAUAACAGAGAAAAAUGUAGAACCUGGUUUUACUUCUACAAUAGAAGCUUUAAUAACAGAGGAAAAUGAAGAACCCAGUUCUACUUCUGUCAUAGAAGCUUUAAUAACAGAGGAAAAUGUAGAACCCAAUUCUACUCCAGUUGUAGAAAAUUUAAUAACAGAAAAAAAUGAAAAACCUAGUUCUAUUUUAGUAAUUAAAAACAAAGAAGUAGAUUCCACUUCAUUAAUUGAUCAGAACAGUGAAGCAAUUAGUACUGAUGUGAAAAUUGAUGAAAGUUCUAAAAUAAAUGAUAAAUGUGAAAAAACCUCUAAUGAACGUGGCCAAAAGCGUAAAAACACUUCCAAAAAAGAAUCUAAACCAGCCAAAAAAAUACCACCAAUGAAGACACCGCGAACUGAAGUUGUUGAAAGGAAGGGUGCCCUGUUGGAAGCUUUGAUGGGAGAUUUAAUGCGCAGUGAACGAAACACUAUCACUCAAUGCAUUUGUUACAUCAGAAACAAUAUGAAUCGUUUCUGUAAAAUUCAAGUCUCUUAAGAAUUGGCAUUUUGUUUUUCUUUUGAAGAAACAUACAAGAAUAAAAUAAUAUGUGUAUUAUUCAUUUUAUAUGCAAUAUAACCAUAGAUUUAUUUGCAUUUAAAUGUGCAAAUAUUUAGCGAUAAAAUCUACACAUACUAACGACUGUAUAAUAAUAAUUAUGUUUUAAUAUUUGCUUAUUACAACAUUUUGACCAAAAACCACUUAUCUGGGUGUUAUAAAAAGUAAAUCCAAUAGUAUCAUAAUUACAAAAUACUGAAUUUUAUUGCAUUUUAUAUGAUUGAUAUUAAUGUAUAGAUGUUAAAUAAAUAAAAUAUAAUGAACAACAUUUAUAAGUUAAAAAACACCAAUAAACAAUAAAUAUAAUAUAUUAACUUUUGGAACUUGGAAUACUAAGAAUUAGUUUGAUCUUGAAAUUAUUUUAUUUUGUAAGUGUAUAAUUAUACAAAAGAAUUUAUAAAAAAACAAGAAAGUUAAAAGAAUUAUAUGCUGUUAAAUUUACUUAAAAAUAAUAAAGUUUUAUACAAUUUGAA